AUUGUAUUUCAAGUUAUACAUCAUAAGAUUUACAAAAAUGCUUUGGACUAUUCUCUUCAAUCGAUUUUGUUACAACAACAACAACAACUACUACUACUACUUUUACUAUUUCAUUGUUAUCAAUUUUUUUCUUUCUAUGUAUAUUAAUUCAAACACAGAGAUAAAUCUACCUGGUGGACGUUUUGAAAUAGAAAUUUAUUACACAAAUCUAGAAUCAACUACAAGUAGUGGAUUUUACUGUGAUUGGCAAUUACAUCGAUGUGAUGUUUAUAUAAUUGUGGGAUUGUAUGAGUUAGCUGACAAUAACUCAAGGCAAUUAAUCCAUGUGAAAACAGAGACCAUUGCGGACACUGCGGGAUUUCGCAUUAAAGUAUCUGAAAAAAUAAAUGAAAAAUUACCUGAAAAAUAUAGAUUAGAUCUUUAUGUCUACGAUGAAGAUGCUUUGGGUGAACAUGAUAUAAUUACCAUCGCUACAGGAUUGUAUCAGCCAGAAAAAACCAACGUAUUUCAAACUAUUCCAUUAAAUUACAGUCAUAUAAGUGAAUCUUUCAGCCUUAGCUCAUCAAUCAGACUAACGUGUAAUUCAAAUUAUUAUGGGAAUAAAUGUGACAUAUUCUGUUCGCCUCAUCCAUGGGCAUACGACUGUGACAAGAAUGGACGAAAAAUUUGUUUGCAUGGUAGACAUGGUGUCAACUGUGACAUUAUUGACUACUGCCAAAUACAUCCUUGCCCCAAAAAUACACGCUGUAAAAAUUUGCCGAGGGAACAUCGUCGAAAAUGCAUUUGUAAAAACUAUGAAGGUCCCGAAUGUCAUUCAGUUUACUAUUCUUGCGAAAAGUCGCCAUGUAAGAAUGGUGGUCGUUGUACACUACUACGUGAACUGAUAGAGGAUAAUGAUGCUGAAGGGUUCAUAUAUACUAAUCAAGGAACCAAUGAUGAUGACGAUGAGACUAUAUGUAUUUGCCCGGACAACUGGAGUGGACCAUUUUGUACGCAACCAGUUAUUGAUUGUAUAUCGGAAAACGAAAAGUACAGGCUUUCAACUAUGCGCUUGACAAAUCGCUUUUGUUUAAACGGUGGAGUUUGUAUCAUUCAUCCUGGUAAUUCGAGUCCACGAUGUUCCUGUCCACCAGAAUGGGAUGGAUAUUUUUGUGAAUUAAAUAAAAGUUGGUCAGCUGGUAGAAUGUUUGGAAUAGCGUUCUCUAUUAUUUUUGUGAUAUUUCUUAUUCUAGUCAUUGGAUUCUUUGUUUGGCUGUGUUAUAUGUCUAGACAUCCAAAUAUUCCACAACAUCCAGCAAUUACAUAUCUAUCAAAUUUCCCCUAUAAUAGUACUAUCAGUGAUAAUGACAGUCAUGAAAAUACACGAGUUUACAUGAAACAUGAAAAGAUAUUUGAUAUUCCAGAAAGUAAUCAUUCCCUUGUUAAAUUGAGUACAUUUGGUGAUAACGCAAAUUCACAGAUGGAUACACGUAAAAUCGAAAAUCUUUACGAAGUCCCUUAUACAACAAACACAGCAAAACAGAAUGAUGGUAAUUUUAACUCUCUAGAUCGAAAUGAAAGUCCAUUUACAACUAUUCAAAGUAUUGAUGAAAACAUUUACGUUAAUUAUAACACUUUGAUGUCCAAAGAACUAAGGAUUGGUUUAGAAGACAUUCGAAGGGUUACCGGGAGCUGAUAUAUAAAUCUACGAAUUUCUAAACUUCAGUGACAUACAUAAUGCUAAGACUCAAAAAGCUUGUACGUGAAAAGGUUCAAAUAAUUUAGUCAAUUACAUUAUAUUUCCAAAUUUUUAAAAGUGAUUCCUAUUUCCUCUCAUUUCAUUUUACCACUUUAUAUUGUUCGAUAACUAAUGUAUUCAGUAAUUUAUGUACAAUUUAUACGACCUGAUUAAGAUGUGUAUCAAGAUGUAGAUUUAGUUCAGUCAUUUUUCAUGUAAAAUAUUAUACACAUGUGGUUCGCUGUAUAUGUUUUUUAUAAA